CAGCUCAGUGAAGGCGGUGGCAGAUAAAGGAGUAGGUGGAUAAGAGCGCGCUGUGUCUCUCUCUCCUGCAGCAGGGUGGGUGAAGCAGUGCAUCUCUUUAGGGUCUCGGAGCACUAGCUAAACCAGUCCGAGUUUAGCGAAAACAUCACAGAGGAGCUGCGCAAAGUUAUCUACAGAGAGGAAAAUUCUCCUUUAACAAGGGCAUCUGCCUCGCUCUCCAGCCACCAGCAUGAUGAAGGACUGUCUGCAGUUUCUCAUCGAGCCGGCCAAAAAGCUCAAGAUCCAACUCAAGGAGUCUCGUAAGCGAGUGAAACUCGAGAAGAAGGAGCCGCUGUUGGAGAGUCAGUUAUUUAUCAUGGAGUUGGCCCGAGAGCUCAACAAAAUCUGCCAGAGGUCAAACAUCCUCGGCCACAUCUGGACCAGUGAGGACAUCUGGCCGGCCAGUGUGUGUCGGGACUUUAUUGUGGAAUGGGCUGCUGUGUUGGAGACGAGAGUACAGCCGAGGAUCAUCCUGGCUGAAUACCAGCAGGAGAAACCCGAGAAGAAAGACUGGAAGGGACACCUCCUCUGCCUGCUGGAAGCAGGGGGGGAGUGCGACAUGGGACCCCACAAAAGAGUCAUCAUGGACUGGACCUGGGCGAUAAAAAGCAGACCUCAGCCCACCGUGUGGCCAGGUGAGCCCGUGCUCAUGAUGCUAGACGACCUGGAGUUCCAGUGGAAGAGGGGCCGUCUCCCCAGCCUGCUCCCAGCCAUGGAGCUCGUCAUGCUGGCUGUGAUGAACGCGGUCAGCCUUGUCAAGGAGGACGUGACUAAACAGUGGCUGGUGAGAAAGCAGAGGAGCCAGAAUAUUGACACUGUCCGCUACAUCCCCCACAGCGUGUGGAACUGGAUUUGCGAUGCUGCAGAGGAAGUCACUCUGGACUCGGACUCAGCCAACGCAGACCUGCUCAUCUCCAGCGAUCAUAAGCGCAUGCGGUGCGGCCUGAAGCGCCGGGAAGUCCCGCGGUGCCAGCGGCGCUUCGACGGCUGGUGGUGCGCCGUGGCCCGGGAGGGCUACACCUCCGGACGCCACUACUGGGAGGUGGAGGUUGGGGAGCAGGACUGGCGGCUGGGUGUGGCCAAGGCAUCUGGGGUGAGGCAGGGCUUCCGCUCACUCACCACAGCUAGAGGCUACCUGACCCUCCGUCUGGAAAGGGGCACAGAUCUGAAGGCCCUGACGGUGCCCGCCACCCCGCUGUCACAGAGCCUGGUGCCCAGGAAGGUAGGCGUGUACCUGGACUAUGAGCAGGGCCAGCUGUCCUUCUACGAUGUGGAGAAGCGCUCCCACCUGUACACCUACAACGAGAAGUUCACAGAGGAACUGUUCCCCGUGUUUGGGACUGUGGAGUCCAUCAAAGACCUGGCGAUAAGGCCUGCAGCUGUCAGACAGCCGUGCCUCUGCCCCGGAUCCUGCCUCUGGAAUUGAACUGCUUAACACACAUCGGUCACUCCUCAGUCCUGACCCUCAGCAACACAGAGUCUGAUUUAGUGGAUUUGAAUGGUGUGCUAAUUCUGGACUAAACGAAUGACUUUCUGUGGGGUUCCUUUCAGGUCUCACAGGGACAAGAACCACCAUCAUUCUGCAGUAAACUUUCUGUCACUCUGCAUUUGACUAUUUGUAGUUUAAGGAUGAGUACUUUAAGGCUGUCAGGUCAAAACCUUAAAACAACCCUUGUUUUUACCUGAAUUUUCACAAUGUCCAGUAAGCUUGGAGAGGGUUUAGUCCCCCACGCUCAGAGACCCAUGUGUUUGGUUUGUUUCAAGUGAAAAGAGAAUGCCAAUGCUGGUUUUAAAGUCACAAUGGAGAUAUGGAAGUGUAUUUUUUGAUUGCUUUUUUGUUACUUAUAAUUGAAACUUGCAAACUAACUUGACAAAUGUUAUAAAAGCAUUAAGGCGCUGUGAAAGGAGCCUCGGUGCAGGCAAACAUUGCCGCCGCUGAAGGCUUGCUAACAUGCACAGACAGAUAAGUACAGGCUGGGUCGAUGCAUGUGAAGAGUUAAUGCUCAAGGUUUGCUUUUUUUGGUCUUUUGCAAACAUUUGGCAGGCUUGUUCUGGUAGCUGUGUUUGUGUUUAUGCAUGCAAUAUUAAGAUGGCUUUAUUUCCCCAAACAUCAAAUAAACUGCAAAUGCUCCAACUUGUCCUCAGUGGUUAAAGAUACAGAUCUAGACAAACAUUCAAAUGUACUACAAAUUUAUUUCCAAUCUUUAUUGUGUAAUACAAUUGACGUACCAAAAAUAGAAAAGAAAGAAUACAAAAGGAAAGUUCAUUUUGCUUAAAGCUUAGUGAUACAUGUUGGUCAAAAGAACAUGAAUACUUAUAGUAUUUUGGGUGAAAGGUUCAUCCACUUAUCCACAUCAGGUUUUCUGA